GGUAUGAGAUUGUUGAUACUUAAAAUUUGGUGAUUGUUAUUUAUAUUCAACGGGCGUAUAUAUUUUGUUUCUGUGCUUUGAAAACUUUGUACCGGAAACUGCAUGUUAUUAAUGUGCUACUGUUGAAUGGAAAAUAUACAAUCGAAGAUUGAAGCAACAUAAAUAACCAAGACUGGUUCCUGAUUGGCUGAUUCCCGGAGUGCAGCUUUUCAUUGUGGUCGAAAGGGCGUUAGAUUGAAAAUAUUGUGUCAAGAAAAUGCGUCGAAUAAAUUGUUCUUCUCGGCGUAGAACUUGUUUGAUUUAUCAAAGAACGUUUUUAUUGACAUUACUAGAGUUGUGUAUCUUGUUAGAUGCAACAUUUGGAAAGAAAUACUUAAAAGGACAAAAUGCUACACUGACAUGUGAUACGAAUUCCCUAUCAAGCCGCUCAUCCGAUGGCCCCGCAGCUUAUGUGUGGUUUAAGCACGGGGAAGGGGAUGAAGAAAUAUCUGUGGCGACAUCUUUGUCCGGAGUGUCCCAAAUUAGUGACCCUUUGAUCGGGAGAGCGGAAUUUCGACCGCCUAUUCUGAUUAUACGAGAUUUGAUGGUAACAGAUUCUGCAAUCUACUCGUGUCAGGUGAUUAAAGGUUCAGCGCAAAGUUCGACGACGAAGCUUGAAGUCAAUGCUGUACCCACCGUGAACGUGGAAGUUGCCGCUUUUCCAACAGUGGAUAAAGAUACCGGUCUUUACGCAGCAGCAGUUUGUCAAGCUUCUGGAGGAAAACCGCCAGCAAGAAUAAGAUGGAUCUACACAAACACUGGGGAAACACAAGACUCUGAUGAAAUUUUGGAAGCAGUUGGCGAUGGAACUUACACCAUCAAGUCUAGAUUGCGUCUAACUCCUGGAUUAUUAGGUAGAGCUCCUAAUUCAACUGAUCCGGUGACUUUGGAUGAUUCAAGAAAGAAUUUUACUUGCGUCGUUUCUCAUGAUCAUUUUGAUGAUGAAAACGAACGAAGGGUCACAGUACCAAUAAAUUUGCUACAUCCUCCCGUUGUUACAAUUUCCGUAAAAUCAAAUAAACUGACAUGCAAGGCUUCUGGCAAUCCAGUUCCUGUUGUCAUAUGGACGAGGCCCGAUGGAAGUACAGUUAUUGGAAAUCCCACCAUAUUUGUUGACCAAUCAACUCCAACUAAGUCCAGCGGAAGAUACGUUUGCCUGGCAAGAAGUAGUAUUGCGCCAGAUGCCGUGGCAGCCAUAGACGUACAGAAAUCGAGAGAUUUGCCUACCUUGUUUACAAACACGUUACGAUAUAAUGCCUCACUGCCGGUAAAAGCAAAAGGAUAUGAAAUGGAAUGUUCGGCUGAGCUGGAAGCACUUACAGAUGUUGCGAUUCACAGGGUUUACUUCGUAUGGUCAAAAGACGGGAAAAUAAUCGAGGAAAGGCUAUCGCCCUAUUCUAUUCGUCAAAGCACUGUAGCUGUGUCUCAUGAAAAAUCGGUUGUGACGUCAGUGUUACGCAUGAUUGAAGUUGAACGACCACGUGACGAAGGAUUGUUUAAAUGUAGAUUAUCCCUUCCUGCAAUCGGAACUGGUUAUGUGAGAGCGUUGGAAAGAAGUAUUCAUAUUAAUAUAGAUUAUCCACCGGCGCAUGGAACAGUUGUGACGUCAGUUCAUCCUCAAGCUACAAUUGGAGAACAUAGUGACGUCACUUUGUCUUGCGAAGCGCAGUCAAGUCCACCUAGUUCUUAUCGAUGGUUCUUUAAUGGUAAGCCAAAGUCAUCCGGUUCUCAACUCGUCCUACGUAACACGUCACGUCACGAGGCAGGAAUCUACAAAUGUGUGGCUUUUAAUUACGUGCCAGGAAGUGCGACGAAAGAGGUCAAACUGAUCGUCAACUAUCCACCCGGACUAGUUCACAUCUCAAAACAUGGAAAAUAUUUGAAAUGUUCGACUGAGGGUGGGAGCGUACCACCACCACGUUAUACAUGGCUGCUACCGAAUGGAACUGUAGAUGAUCGUGGCAAUUCAAUGUUGGAGAUCUCAACUUUUGAAGUAACGGUGCCAACUUCUUAUAUUUGUCUUGUGACAAAUGGACUAAGAAAAACGUCAAACGCAACCUAUUCCCUCACACCACUAAAAACCGGAGGAAUCGGCUCACUAACAAUUGGAGAAUUCGUUGUGACUGUAGUUGUCAUAAUUUUAUUGAUUAUCAUUUUAAUUGCCGUCAUUGGUUGGGUUGUUAAAAAACGUGAAUGCAACUCAUCGUCUGGGAUAAAGAAAACGAAAGACACUAAAACUUCUACACUUCUUCAUUACACUGAGCACCCAUACGGUGGUGGAUCACUGGCUGGUAAUCCUGUCCCAACUAACGUAUUUAAUCGAAGACUUUCAGAAGACACAAAGAUUGAUUUUGCCGAAAGUUAUGAAAGUCCAUACCGAAGGGACAGUGCUGAAACAGCAAAAUAUGAUGCAUCGGUACCGAUGCCGAAUGGUAAAUCUACAAUCAUGUCUCCGCAAACUAUGGGAAAACCUUCAUUAGUGAACUACGUGACAUUGACGUCCAGGUCUAAUUUAGCGACGCAGAAAGAAAACGACAAAGAGCAGAACAGCAAGUACAAAAGCGUUGAAAUGCUCGAUGGAUCUGGUGUCGAAAUAUUGGAAAACGCAUCCAUUGAAUCUGCAAACAAAACUAAUAAAAUGAGCUCGGGACAAGUAGGCAUUUUGACCAACUCCCUUGCGAGAUUGACAACGUUUUCUCAACCGCCUAGUGGAUUUGCGGAUCGACCUAUACUAGGAAGUAAUUACAACACAACGCGGAACCCACCGCGGGAAAAGCAGGUUCAAAUUGGCAUGAUCAGAGCGCUGAGCGAAAAUUUCAACCCCGUUCUCUUUGAUGACACCGUGCGACCUGAAAAACACGAUACUGAUUCCAGUGAGGCGACGAGUGGCAGGGAUGACAGCGCCGCGACUACAAACACCGUGUUGCCACCAUCCUACUCAGCGAUGCCAGAUCGCGGAAGAAUUAUGUCACCUCAUCCAGCUAUGUCGACUCCAAUACUUCCAGGUCCAGUGAGGAAUGUCAGAAAUGGUUGUGAAAACGAUGACUACAGUUCUGAUUCGUCGUCUUCGUCUUCCACAAACAGACGAACAUCGUCCGAACACACGCAAACGCCUAUUUCGCAAGGUGGAAAUGUGGCAUCCAACCCAGGAUGUGUUCUUUAUCCUGGAUACCGUUACAAUGCGGUAUCUCACGAACCAUCUCCGACUUAUGCUUUUAGGCCAUCGCCAGUGCCUUCCAGAUGUCAAAGUGUGGAUCCCACGUAUGAUUUGGAACGCACCCCUCCUAUGCCUGAAAUUCCAACUAGAAAUUACUUAUAUCAGCCAUAUUUGGAAGCUAGAUUUGGGGUACCUCUGGCUAAUCAACAAUCAAGUCUUCCAACCGCGGUAGGGAUGCCGUACGACAGCGGAUCCGAAUCUACGAAGUCUUCCAAUAUGGUUAACAACGGUAGCAGAAGAAUGCAAUCGUUGACGCUUGUGUGAGUUAUACACGAGACUAUUUUUUGGGGGAUUGAAGUCUUUAUCCGAUGGGUAAUAAUGCAAUAGGUGACUGACUCCCUGUCGUCACAUUGUGGUUCAAGUAGUUCUGUGGAAGAUAAAUCACGGAUGACCUCAUCUGGGUUUGAAUCGAUAGGAAGACACAACGCUGUUGUAGUAUUUGGCUUCAAUUUAUGAAUGUAGAAAUAAGCGCUAUUUGACGAAUUUGAACCUAGUUUCGCGUAUUCCCAACUUAGUCACUGCCUUUAAUACUGCGAUGUACAUAAGCGAUAACCUUCAACUAACUGAGAAUGGAUUUUUCUGCUACAUUGACUGUUUUAAUUGUUCGCACUCACAUUUGGUGCUCUGGUGAUGACCAAAUUGAACUGAAUUUAUCGCUACUGCUUUAGCAAGAUAUAACGUAUACUUCCGUACUUUUCACUAUCAACCAGUCAGUCGCUUUUAUGAUAGCAAGACUUGGUUUUAUUCUGUGUUCAUUAUAUUUACUCGUUUUUUUUGUUUUUCUAUUUCUUUUGAGUUUCUCCAAUUUCUUUAUAUAGUUCCGAAUGAAUUUUUUUUUCUUUUUGGUGCCCCAACUUAUAAAACAUAUCGUUACGGCUGAUUAAAUCACUGACCAAUCAUUUUGAAUAUGAUCUGACAUAUGGUUGGCUUGUCCUGCUCUCGGCGUGGAACAAUUUGUUGGAGGAUAUUUUUGACACAUUUUUAUCAGUAAAACGUUGGUGUGGGCGAGUUUAUGUAUUUUUCUGUUUAAAUGAAGUUUUUUAUUUUUAGCCAUUUUUAUUGCGGAAUAAAAUCUUUUUAUCUUUUACCU